UAUGGCUGCUCCGCCUUUUGCCUGCAUACUGCUCCAUUGACUGUAUUUGCUGCCAGUUAACCCCCUGCCAUGUGAAUGCUGGCAGCAUUGGGAGAAGCUGCUGCCGUCACAUGACCUGUAUCAGCUGAUCUAACAUGGCUGAAUCCAGUCCCCUAUGAUCACAGCAGCCCCUUGCUCAUCUCAAGUACUGGAGCAGUGUUCCCUGACGGAGAGUAUGAAUAAUAUAAUGGAAGACCAUAAGACAGACGAUUGUUAGCCACUGUUCAAAUAUGGAGUGGGUGUCUGCGAUUACAAAAGACUUAAACAUUGACCCAAAGCAGCUUUCAGCUGUUGAAGAUGGCGACUAUUGUGUAGCAUUUGUAUCUCAGAAAUGGCUUAUAACUCUGAAAGAGCGGAGAACAGUCCCAGUGCUAUGUGCAAGGCCGGAAGGGUUAAGUCAUUUCGAAAUACAGACUUUUUUGCAAAGAUCUGUACACAAAUUACCAGCUGGCUGGACCAGAGUUGAGAUCCACUGUCUAAGGAAAGAUAAGCUGGCUUAUCCUGUCACUUUAAACAGUGGCAUUGUACAGGGACAGGAUGGGGACUGCGAAUCAUUGAUUACGUUCAUGCAUAAUAUCUCAUUCCAAAACUAUACAAACUUGUGGUAUAAGGCAAGAUCGACAUAUGUAGAGCCAUAUGAGACUGUCAGCAAAGUGCCAAGUAUAACCGCCUUGGAUGCACUCAAAACAUCUCUGCAGAAGCUUUAUGGCUGUUCCUUUAUUGCAACAAACAAGGGUUCAACAACUUUAUCUCCUUCUACAGAGAAUUCCACAUUUAUGGGACGGGUGUGUUGUCCCAAUAUUGUCCCAGCGGAAGCUCUCCUUGAGUCUUCAGAUAUGUUGUAUAUCAUCUCUCCGUAUAUACAAUAUUCUUUGUAUGACAUUGUCACUUUUAGUCCUGCAAAACUUGCUAACAGCCAUGCCAAAGUUCUCUUUAUAAUUUACAAUAUAUUGCAGGCACUGAAAGUCUGUCACAAAGAGGGGCUAUCCUGUGGUGCAAUCUCUUUAUGCAGUGUGGCCGUUGAUGAGAAACUAUGCAGUCAGCUGAGGCCUAACUUCAAGGAUUACGAAAGAUUAGAUUCCAUAUCAUGCAAUGGGGAGGUCUUAUCACCAGAUCCAGAGAAUGUGAACACAGUAGGCCUAUGUUCUUCAUGCAACAAUGAGCUUAGGGAAUUGGUAAUGGACUGGAUUAAUGGAAAAGUUAGCAAUUUUGAUUAUCUUAUGUAUCUGAAUAAACUGGCUGGCAGAAGAGAAGGAGAUCCAAAUUACCAUCCUGUGUUACCUUGGGUUAUAGAUUUCACUACCAAGAAUGGUAGAUUCAGGGACCUAAGGAAGUCAAAAUUCCGUCUAAACAAAGGUGAUAAGCAGCUAGAGUUCACCUACGAAAUGACAAAGCAGGCAUUUGUAGCUGGAGGAAGCAGCACAGAGCAGCUUCAUGUUCCUCAUCACAUCUCCGAUAUCUUGUCUGACAUCACUUACUACGUAUACAAAGCUAGGAGGACGGCAAAGGCUGUACUGUGCAAUCAUGUACGAUCGCAAUGGGAACCAAAUGAGUACCCAGGAAGCAUGGAAAGAAUGCAGAGCUGGACCCCCGAUGAAUGCAUUCCCGAGUUUUAUACAGAUCCUACCAUCUUUAAAUCCAUUCAUCCUGACAUGCCAGACCUUGACAUCCCAUCCUGGUGCAACUCAUAUGAGGACUUCAUAAAUGUUCAUCGUGCUCUUCUGGAGAGUAGGGAAGUCUCUCAGGAUCUUCACCACUGGAUAGAUCUGACAUUUGGGUAUAAAUUAACUGGUAAAAAUGCAGUCAAAGAAAAGAACGUUUGUCUUCAUCUGGUGGAUAAUCAUACUAAUCUGACUUGCUAUGGAGUUGUGCAGCUCUUUGACCAACCACAUCCAAAACGUUUACUAGGUUCUGGAUACUCUUUGUUGGAGCCUCCUACAAUACUACCCAGUGUAAACAUUAGUGAAAUGAAUGUAUAUGAAGAUAAACACAUAGUCAAUGGGCUUGUGCUAGAGGCUACUCUGUGCGAGACCGUGUGGACUGCUGAUAAAGUAUCCACUGGUGAUGAGGAUUUAGAACAAGGAACUGAAGCGCUAGAUUCUAUUGGGGGAUCGGCAAAAAGCAUUGAUCUGGCCUCCAUACCCUCUUUUCAAAGUACUAGUGUGAGUAUGCUGCCAGUUGACAACAGGCUGCAGGCAAAUAGGACAAUUAAACAAAGCAGAACUGUAAUGAGUGAUAGUGAUGGAAAAAUUGUAUUACCUGAGGGAUUUAAUCCUAUACAGGCACUGGAAGAGCUAGAAAGACUGGAUAACUUCUUGGUUCGAGGUUUACACAGUGCCAUCCUCCCAGUGACCAAAUCUCAAAACACUCUUCCUCUAACUAUGUUUGAUUUCUUCCAGAGAGAUAUGCAGGCAUUGGGUAUCAUGAUUGCAGAGAUAAUAUUUGCGUCAAAGAUCCACACAAGAACUCCCAAAGCUUCCUUAUUGGACCGCUAUCUUCUAGUACGGAAUCUCAGUAGACACCAUCAAAAAGAAAUUCCAACACCUCUCUUGCAGUUGCUAGAGAUAUUGUUGCAGCUGCAUGUACCAGAGGAUGUUCUGCUAAAACGUGUUUAUACAGAUUCCUGUGUUCACCUUUAUGAUUUUCCACACAUCUCUAAUGGUCUUCCUCCACCAUGUCCUUCACAGCUCGUCAGCCCUUUUUGCUCUGUUGUCCCUUUCCCAACUUAUUUCCCAAACCUGCACAGAUUUAUAUUAACUUACCUGUCAAGAAGUGUUGAAGAUGAGAGCCAAGGCCGGGAGCUUGUUUUUCAACUGUGGCAGCAAAUAGAUGGUAUUCUUUGUGAUAUCACUCCUGAAGGAUUAGAAAUACUUCUCCCAUUUGUCUUGUCUCUAAUGACUGAAGAAAGCACUGCUGUGUAUGCUGCCUGGUAUCUUUUUGAACCUAUAGCCAAAGCUUUGGGACCUAAAAAUGCAAGCAAGUAUCUUCUAAAGCCUCUUAUCGCUUCUUAUGAAAACCCUGUUUACCUUUAUGGAAGAUUUUAUCUUUAUACAGACUGCUUUGUAGCACAGCUAAUAGUACGUUUGGGUUUGCAAGCAUUCAUUUCUAAUCUACUGACCCAUGUUCUGCAGAUACUUGUUGGAGUUGAGAGUUCUGGAGAGGAAGGCAAACUUCUUUCAGGAGGUGCAGAGGAUGAGGAAAGUGGUGGUGACAGCCCAGUCACAUGUGACUUUGAUGGAAGGCAGAACAAUGUAGAUCACAGUACAUCAUCUCAUGAACUCCUCGACUACACGUCUGGAGUCAGCUUUCAUGAUCAGGUUUACCUGACGGAGAAUGAGGAUUUCCAGAAUGGGCUGUAUGUCACUGAACCUCUUCAGUCUCAAGAGCAAGAGUCUCUCAGUUUGGGGAGACUGAGUGACAAAAGCAGUGCAAGUGAAGUAUCUUUAGGAGAUGAAAAAGUUGCAGACAUUGAUUCCCUUCGUGAGAAAGGAAGCUUGAAGUCAGGAGAUAGUAGUAGCCAAGAUUUAAAGCAGAGUGAAGAAUCUGAAGAGGAGGAGGACCGAGAACCUUCUCCAGGUCUUUCUGACUUAACAUUGUCUGUCAACACUGAAGCCUCUGUGGAUACUAUCCAGGCCAGUGACAACAGAGACCUGGAUGAAGAAGAGCCCGAUAUAAAUAACCACACAGAGGAAAAGGAGAAGAAGAUACUGAUCGAUACGGCCUGUAACAUGGUAAGGUGGCUCUCGGCCAAACUGGGUCCAACGGUAACCUCUCGUUCCGUUGCCAGGAAUCUGCUGCGAUUGCUCACGUCCUGCUAUGUUGGUCAUCAAAGACAACAGUUUCUACCUACAGGGGAGGAGAAUAGCCCAUUAAAUGUUAAAAGACCAUUAUGUGGCGAUCAGUUAUCUAAGCCAGUACUGGACUGUUUAAUGUAUAUGGCUCAUCUUUAUGGAGAGCCAUUCCUAACUUAUCAGUAUCUCCCGUAUAUCAGCUACCUGGUUGGUCCCAGCAGCACCUGCAGGUUGAACAGUCGCAAGGAAGGAGGUCUGCUAGCCGCAGUCACGCUCAUGCAGAAGAUUAUUGUUUACCUAUCGGACACACCCCUGAUGGAUAUCCUUCCCAAAAUUAACCAAGAUGUGCUGCUGCCGGUUUUGGGUUUCCUGACCUCUACCACUAUGGGGUUUCCCAGUGGAGCCCAGGCCCGCAUCGCUCUUUGCGUGAAGUGCAGCAGUCUCCUCUCAUUAAUCUGCCUCAGGAUAGGACGGAAGAUGGUUCAAGAGCACCUUGGGGAAGCCCUUCGUAUGUUCUUCAGCAACUUCACCAUCCUGCAAGAUCUUCAGGAGCAGGUCUUUAUUACUGAGGAUCAAACCAACCCAGAACCUUCAGUGCGGAGUGUGCAGUGCGCAGAUGGGAGAACACGAACUGUUGAUCUGACGUUGCUUGAUGAGCUGGAAAAGGUUUUCAGUGCGGAAAUGGCUUAUGCCACAUUCAUCCCAUUCUCCUGUCUUAUCGGUGAUGGCAUGAGUCAGUUGCUGCCCAACCAUGCUUUAAUCUGGAAUCUAACAAUGGACUAUCAAGAAGCUGUGAUUCCAAAGGAAAUGGACAGUCAAGUGCGACCCCAGGAGUAUAAGUCAAGGAUAUAUAACCCACUCCGUAACGCUGAAGAUGACACACAGUCGGGUACUUUUGGAAGUGUCUUGGUUGGCAACCGUAUACAAGUACCUAAAGAUAUCCAGUACACAGCAUCUAGGUCAAGUUCUUGCAGCCCUGUCAUAGAGAACUUUCAAUCUGAUGAAAACUCUUUCAAGCAGGACCUGAAAAAGAGUGCCCAUAGCCUGUGUGGAAACUGGUUGGCAUACUGGCAGUAUGAGAUUGGUGUUAGUCAACAAGAACCUCACUUUUACUUCCACCAGAUCAAGCUUCAGAGCUUUGCAGGGCAUUCCGGAGCCAUCAAAUGUGUCCAUCCCUUAAAUGGGGAAGACUUUUUUUUGAGUGGAAGUAAGGACAAAACUGUUCGUUUGUGGCCGCUGUAUAACUAUGGUGAUGGCACCAAGGAGAUAGAACCCCGUUUGACUUAUACUGAACACAAGAAGUCUGUAUUUUAUGUGGGGCAGUUGGAGUCUGUUCAGCAGAUAGUAAGCUGUGAUGGAGGAGUCAACAUAUGGGACCAGUUUACAGGAAAAACCAUUCGAACCUACGAGGCUGGAGAUAUCAAAGUACCCGUCACUGCAGUUGCCACAAUGCCACCCCCAUAUAACAGUGUGACCAUAGGAAGCUCUGACUCUAUACUUCGUUUUAUUGAUAUCAGGAAACCAGGCCUUCAGCAUGAAUUCAAGCUGGCAAGCUACGCAAAUGUGGGGCUUAUACGAUACUUGGCUGUUAGCCCAAAUGGACGCAGUGUUGUGGCAGGAUUUUCUUCUGGGUUUAUUGUGCUGCUGGAUACCAGAACUGGCCUGGUGCUAAAAGCAUGGCCUGCACACGAAGGAGACAUCUUGCAGAUGAAGGUAAGCCAAAUGGAAUGUUUAACCCAUAUUAAACUUUCUUAA